GACAGGGUAGCGUGUGACAAAUGCAAACAGCUGAUGAGACCAGAGUAAGGCAAAAGAGAAGUGCAGAGCUGGAAAUAGGUUCUUACAUAAAGGGCUAGUGCUUCAAUCUCAUUAGUGUCUUAAGGAGCAGACACUUGGUGGCCUCUGACUCCUUCAAUGCGAACCACAAUCUGAUCAGCAAUCGGCUUUGGGAACCUGGCUGGUGCCACAUGGCACAAUGACAUGGCCAGUGCCCCUCAAGCAGCAGCUCCCCACCGCUCCUCUGAGCUCACAGCUCUUGUCCCAGUCAGUGUGUGCCUGGUGGGAGCGUCCCCAUGAAGCCAGAGCUGCAGUCCCACAGCCCAUGACAGGAACUGCUGCUCCGGAGGGUCAGGCACCAUGAGGCAGCUGAGGGUGAGACGUGCGAGUCUCUCUGCCAGCCUGAAGAUCGGGGACCACCGGGGCUGCUGCCGGACGCCGGAGGAGGAGGAAGUUCACAUCCCCUUUGCGCAGGACAGCCUGGUGAAGCCAUGGAGCUCCAUGCAGAAUGUGAUGGACGGAAGCCAAGAGAAAAGCAAGACUCCCACCCAAAGGAACAAGUACUUGCUCAACAUUAAUGUUGGUGGCAAAUUGUUCCAGAUAGCUUACAAGGUAGCAGCCCGGUAUCCCAUCACCAGGCUUGGGAAGCUGGCCCUUUAUACAGACCCUAUGAAGAAGCUGCAGCUCUGUGAUGACUACUCAGUGCAGAAGAACGAGUACUUCUUUGACAGAGAUCCCUCAAUUUUCCACUACAUCUUCCACUUCUACUGCAGUGGGGUCCUGUGGAUAAUGGAUGAGAUAUGCCCCAGUAACUUUGUGGAGGAAAUCGAGUACUGGGGAAUCCAUCUGAAAUACUCCCAACGCUGCUGCCGGAUCCUGUUUGAGGAAAAGCAAGAUGAACUCAGUGAGUACUUGAAAAUAGAGAGGGAGCUGGAGGCAGAACUGGAGCCCCUGCACUCAGUGGAGCAGUUUGAGGGCAAAUUUCUGGGACGGUUUCGGAAGAUGAUCUGGAAUCUCAUUGAGAACCCGUUCUCUUCUGUCCCAGCCAAGAUCAUUGCUGUCACGUCAAGCUUCUUUGUGCUUAUCUCCAUUGUGGGCAUGACACUGAGCACAGUGGAGGAGAUGAAACACAAAACAGCCAAGGCGUGGAUGGAGCAGUUGGAGAUGAUCUGUGCCAUCUUCUUCACCUCCGAAUACCUCAUGCGGCUCAUUUCUUCUUCCAGUGUCAAGAACUUUUUGCGGGCAGCGUUUAACGCUGUAGACCUGGUAGCCAUCCUGCCCUUCUACAUCCAGGUCCUCUUUGAAAAUCUAGACGAAGGAGACAUGCUUUACCAUGAGGAACUGCACAAGAUGGAGAAUGUGAGCAAGCUGGGCAAAAUCCUCAAGAUCAUCAAGCUCAUGAGGAUCUUCCGCAUCCUCAAGCUGGCACGUCACUCCACGGGCCUCCGGGCCUUCGGCUUCACUAUUCGCCAGUGCUACCAGCAGGUUUGCUGCCUCUUUCUCUUCAUUGCCAUGGGGAUCUUCAUCUUCUCUGCUCUCAUGCACUCAGUGGAACACGAUGUCCCAGACACCAGCUUCAGCAGUAUCCCCCACACGUGGUGGUGGGCAGCGGUGAGCCUCUCCACUGUGGGCUACGGAGACACUGUGCCCGACACGAUACUCGGCAAGUUCGUGGCAUUUGCCUGCAUCUCCUUUGGCAUCAUCCUCAACGGGAUGCCCAUCUCCAUCCUCUACAACAAGUUUUCUGACUACUACGCCAAGCUGAAGGCCCAUGAGAUGGAGACCAGCCACUCACUCAAGUUCUCCAGGAGACUUGACCUGAAAAAGCGGGUCCUGCGGAAGCUGUCGGAGUGCUGCAGAGCUGACUGCCACUGACCACCGGCCUGGCACCCCCCUGCCUGUGCUGUCACCUUCCACAGCAUCAUGUGCCGGCCCCGCUGUCCCUCAGUGUGGUCAGAAAAGGCCCAGCUAAAGAGCACACUGGCUGGCAAGGCAGGUAUGAGUCAACCCGAGGACAUGGGAGUGAGCAGGGGGACACGUGGGGCUGAGCUCUGUCACCUCUCUGAGGAUGGUAGAAGUGGACACCUGUGCUGAGGUGGAGCCCAGUGUGACACCAGCCCAGGAGCUGCUCUGCUCCCGGGUUCAGAGGGACAUACACAGGCUCCCCCCACCAGGCAGGGCCUGGGAGCCCACGACUCCUUCUCAGCCAAGCAGAUGUUUAGGCAAGGCUGAGCCCAGCGUGGAGCUUUGGGUGAAGGCCCCCAGGAGAGCCUGCUGCCCUGCGUCCUUCCAGCCAAACCCUCUUUCCUUCCCACUGCCCUGGGAGGCUGGGGACACAGUCCUGGCUCGGGAUGUUGCUGCACUGGGAACUGUGGGCACCCUGAGGGUGCAAAGCUGGUAGUCAGAGCAUCCCCAGGAACAGGCACUUAAUAA